GGAAGCGGAAGUAAAUUAUGUUUAGCGUCGUGGCAGGUGCUCGUUAACAACAACACUACCGAACAGCUCACUAUUCUUACAAAAUUUAAAGUAAAGUUUGAUUUUUGUGAUCUGUAAUUUACCAAACAUGAAAGCUUUAAUUCUUGUUGGAGGUUAUGGUACAAGGUUAAGACCUUUGACCCUGAGUUGUGCGAAACCAUUGGUGGAAUUUGGUAACAAGCCCAUGUUGCUUCAUCAGCUUGAAGCUUUAGUUGAGGCAGGUGCUACACAUAUUGUAUUGGCUGUAAGCUACAGAGCAGAACAGAUGGAACAAGAAAUGAGGAUUAUGGAACAAAAGCUAGGAGUAACCAUAACAAUAUCAUUAGAAUCAGAACCAUUAGGAACUGCUGGACCCUUAUCUCUGGCCAGUGAACAUUUAACAAAAGACAACGAGCCAUUUUUCGUAUUGAAUAGUGAUGUAAUCUGUGAUUUCCCAUUCAAACAAAUGGUACAGUUUCAUAAGCACCAUGGGAAGGAGGGAACUAUAGUUGUUACAAAAGUAGAAGAGCCAUCUAAGUAUGGUGUAGUAGUAUAUGAUGCUGAGAAUGGUAGAAUAAACAACUUUGUAGAGAAACCACAGGAAUAUGUCUCUAACAAAAUUAAUGCUGGAAUGUAUAUAUUUAAUCCAUCAAUCCUUAAAAGAAUUCCUCUAAAACCAACAUCAAUUGAAAAAGAAGUAUUCCCUUUUAUGGCAAAAGAUAAUGAAUUAUAUGCUAUGGAAUUACAAGGCUUUUGGAUGGAUGUUGGACAGCCCAAAGAUUUUCUGACAGGCAUGUGUAUGUAUUUAACAUCAUUACGACAGAAAUCACCAGAAAAAUUAUAUACUGGAGAGGGAGUAGUUGGAAAUGUAUUAGUUGACCCUAGUGCCAAAAUAGGACAUAACUGUAGAAUAGGUCCCAAUGUAACAAUUGGUCCAAAUGUUGUUAUAGAAGAUGGUGUCUGUAUAAAGAGAUGUACAGUAUUGAAAGAAGCACAUCUAAAGUCUCAUUCCUGGUUAGAUUCAUGUAUAGUUGGAUGGAAAUGUAGUGUUGGCAGCUGGGUGAGAAUGGAGAAUGUAUCAGUAUUAGGAGAAGAUGUAACAGUUAAAGAUGAACUAUAUAUAAAUGGAGGUAGAAUUCUCCCUCAUAAAUCAAUUGCAGUGUCAGUCCCAGAACCUCAGAUUAUCAUGUAAAGUGUUCACAUCAGAGACAGUUAGGUUGGAUUUAAAACAGGAUGUAGCUGUGUGACAGAGCUAGCAUUUCCAUUAUUUAAAUUAUUCAAGUUCAUAUAGAAUAAGUGGUGUAUUUCACUGUAUGUUUAUUUAAAUGAUAUGAUAGAUUUUGGUUAUGACCUCAAGAGAAAUUGACUUUUCAGUUAUCCUCUGUACAUCAUUUAUAAUUUUUAUAGUGUAAAGUUUUACUAUUUGCUGUAUGAAAAAAGGGGGAAAAAUGCUUUAAAAAUGAUCUACUUAAUCUGUGUGUAUGACACAAAACUGAAUGGAUGCUGUUAAUCUGUCCAUAUCCUGUUUGUGUGUGUGUUUUUACUUAUUUUCUGUUUUGUUUUGGGUUUUUUACAUUGAGUAUAAAACGAUGUAUGCUGGAAUCAUUGUAAAAUACUGUCAACCAAAUCAUUUUGUUAGCAAUUUAUUUAUGCCACUUUUGCAAGUAGUAAAAAAUGUGAAUAGGUCAAAGUUGAACCACGUUUAUGUGAAUACAUCAACAAAAUGUGAAAUUGAAUAGCUGCAAAAGUUGGCUAGAAAGGGCUGAAUGCAUCAAAUUUAUCUACGAAAAUAAUUUGGUUUUAGUAUAUAGAUAAUGAAAUAUCAUAGGAAAUCCGAUACAUAUGUGGUUUAAAAGAAAGUAUGACAAACUCAUAUUGAGCACUGUAGACAUAAUAUUUGAUUGAUAUGUGGCAGCUUACUAAUAGAAAUAUAGUAGCUUUUUAUAAUAUAUAUUCCAAUAUUUCAUCUGAAAAUGGUUUUGUAAUAACAAAAGAUGAUAUGGAGAUUUAGUAAAUGUAGCAAUGCUAUGAAAACAUUUGUAUGGUCCAUUUUUUACAAAGAUAUGGAUAUCUUUAGAAAAUGUUGAUACUUAAGGUAAGAUUUUUUAGGUCAUAAAGUAAUAAAAAGAGAAAUUUUGGUUUGAAAAUUAUUGCAAAGCAUGCCUACACUUUUUGUAAAAUUUACACAAAAAAAUACCCAUUUUCACCUGAUUGUCUCUACACAGAUUGUUAAUGUCAGCACAUUUAAGGGCAGAUAACUUAAUUCAGUUGGGAAAGAUUUUCCAAUAAUUUGUACAUUAAUUAAAAUACCAGUGCUGACUAUUGAAAAUCUGACUAUUGAAAAUUGCAUCUAAAUUUUUUACCUAGUGUUUGUGUGUAAAUGUUUGGAGUUUCUAUGUUGGAAUUUAGACUACCAGGUAUUUUUGAAAUCCUGUCUGUAAAAACGAUUGCUAUAGUAUUUUUUCUAACGCCAGCACUCUAUCUAAUUGAGUGUUUAUAAAAUGAAUAUAAAUCCUUUGCAAAUCUGGUAAAAAUGUUAUAGAUAUAAUUAUGUGAUGACAUUAUUAUGAUUUUAGGUUUUAUAUUUAUUUAGAUGCUUUCAUAGUAUGCUUCCUCUAACCUAGCAUCAAAUGUUGUAUUUAACUAACAGUUUUGAUUUCAAAUUACACGUAAGGGACCAUGAUUUGUAUUAAAAUUUUUGUUGUUGUAUAUAUAAUUUGUUAUUUAUGUGAUAAUCCAAAAUUUUUUAACAGAAAUGCUUUAACCUUAAGUGUUAUUAGUGCUAACUUGUCUUUGUUUUCCGUUGAAUAUUUACAUUUGACAAAUGUUGUUUCUAAGCAAACAUCAAUCAAUAACAAAAACCCUUUUGGGGAAAUAUUCAAGAUCACUUUUGAAAAGUUUACAUUUGAUUAGAAUGACGCGUGACAGAUUUUUUUUUUGUUUUUUUUUUGUUUUUGUGAAUACAAAAACUAAAAUGUUCAGAAACAGAAUUGAUGGUGAGAAUUUGUUUUGUGCAGUCAGCUACGUGUAUAUCCAUUAAACUGAGGUAUCAUUAUAUCGUAAAGAACAUAUUGAUGGAAUUGGUUCUUUAACAUUUUCAAAGAUCUUACAUCUCCAUAAUCACCCCAUCAUUCCAAAUAAUUAAAUAGGCAGUCAGACUUUGUUUUUAGUUGUAGCAUUUAUGUUGUUUUAAGAUUAUUUAAAUUUAAGUUGUGAUAUUGUUUAAGUGUAUUUAUGGAAGAUUAAUUACAUGGACAUCAUUCUUUAUGCAAUAUUUAUUAAAACAAUCUUUUUUUUUAUAUAUGAACUAUGAUAUUGUUUUAUGUCUGAAAUUUAUACAAACAUAUUGAAUUAUUUAUAUUUUUGAGGGAAUAAAACUUAAAAUUUA